AUGAACAGACACACUCCUCCUGACACCACAGAAACCCAGGGCCACACUCAGCAGGCUCCCCUCGACAGCCUACUCGACCAUCUCAUCUCCAUCAGCUCACAGCUCAUCGACUCAUCAACAAACGCACUCGCAUCGACCAUCAACUCCAGAGAAUGUCUCUCGACCCUCUCCAAGAUCGAAAACGUACUCGACCGCUCGAUCAGGAUCCGGCAACGAGACCUCACCCGGAAACUGAACUCGAUCGAAUCACACCAGCUCGAACUGGACAAGAUUCAGGACCAACUACACUCGCUCUGCCCAUCCCUCAAACUCAAACCGCUCCUCAUCCAUCCAGAGCCAUCAUCAAACCACCAGCCAAGCCCAGCCAACGCCAGAGAGCACCACAAUCCGACCAACCAACUCCUCUCGCCAUCAGUCCCCUCCGUCCGCUCAGACCAUUCCUCCAUCCUACUCGACCACCACGCCCGACAGUCAUUCCAACACCCCUCACCCCUCACCGUCUUCCCCCCCUCACAACCCCCCUCCUCCCACGCCUCAUCCGCAUCCUUGGCCACACUCUUCUCGCCCCUCCGGAUCGCCAAGAAGGCCUCCACCAUCAUCGCCUCCUCCUUUGCUACCUCGCCCCCCACUCCGCCACCCGUUCCAGCAUCAACACUCCUCCGAACCCCGUCGAGCAUUGAUGCUUCUCAAUCCGGCACUUCCAUCGCUCCCUCCCCACCUCCACCCAACAACCUCCAUCACCAACUCGAACCCGCCCCCUCAGAUAAUCAUCAUCCUCCUUGA